AUGGAGAGUGCGGGCAGCACUCCCAGAAGCAGAGGCAGAGGCAGCACAAGCACUGGUACCAAUGAGUGUGGUGAUGACGGUGUGAUCCUGGUGGCGGGUGGCAUGGUUCGUCCGCGCCUGCACCCGAGUGAGCUGCUGGUGGCAGCGGAGCAGUACGACGUGCAGCGCGACCAGUGGGUGCUGCUGCCACCCAUGCCGCACCCCAUGCUCUUCUCUUCGGGCGUCACCCUCGCCGGCCGCUUCCUCGUCAGCGGCAACUUCACUGAUGAGGGGCAGUGGGGGGCGGUGUACUGCCCGCGUGUGCGGCAGUGGCAGCCCAUAGCGCAUCGGUCGCUGGCGACAUCGCUGCUGUCCCCGUGUGCAGCGCUGGGCGACCUGCUCUUCUGCAUCAAGGACGCCCUGCAGGUGCGCUCUCCCCACUGCGCCCAGGGCGCGCUGUGGGUGUGGAACCCGGGGCGGGGUGACUGGGACCUGGUGGAGGGCGAGGGGCGCAUAUUCACCGACACGCGCUUACCCUGCUGGGUGUGCUGCAUGGCGUUCGUGGGGCGGCGCCUCUUCCUCGUGCACCAGAACUCAUCCAUCACCGCCGUCACCCUCCACCUGCACCACCCCUCUCCCUCUGCCACGCCUGCUGCUGCUCUGCCCCCCACUGGUUCCCUUCCUCCCACUCCAACUCGUUCUGGGUCGGCCAUUCCAGAUGCAGUGGUAGCUGGUUCGUCGCCCCCUGCUGCAGCUGCGAUGAGAGUCUCUGCAACAGCUGGAGUGAUGGGUGCGCACCACACGGAAGCAGGAGGUGCCGUCCAGGAGGGAGGAAGAUGA